ACCUUGCUCGGGCACGCGUACUGAAAGCGGACAGAGCGGUGAGCGCAGGUGAGCGGUCCACGCGCGUUUUCGCGAAUGCUCUCGCGAGACGCAUUUCGCAAAAUUGUCCUCUCCCUGCCCCGCCCGGAACCCGCGGAAUGUGGAUGAGAAAGCGGCACCUUCUCGGAUCAAAUCAACUACGAUGUGCCCGAAAAAUCGAAUGCCGUUUAGCCAUUUAUUAUUUUAAUAUUUUUUUUUUAUGUAUCUCGAUACCGGAACGGGGGAAACCUGCCUUACCGUCGCGCUCGUGCCUUCCGUCAGAGAAUACCGGGACCGGCGUGUAGAUGUCGACACGUGUCUCGAAAAUGGCCUCAUUGGCCUCGCGACAGCGAUGAAGGGGAGAGAGAAAGAGAGCAGAAGUCAUGUCACGUUCCGGUAUUUUCAUUCUGAUGCUGUGGUCGCUGAUGACACGCUCUUUUGGAUUUACGAUGGAUCGUUCAGCGCUUGUGCCCUCUGCGUGGGACACGGCACCGUCCUUGGAUACUUAUCGAAGAAUAUUUGUCGACUCUGCGUUGAAGGACAAGAUGCAGGUGACGAGCGUGGAUAAGAUCUUGCAAGCAAAAGAUGCAAAGAUAUUGGAAAAUGUGCUGGAUAAUCAGACGCGCGAGAAGAGAUCAACAACCGAGAAUAUCGAGACCGGGAUGAAGCUCAUCGAGAUGAAACCUAUCAAUGAAAUAGUAUUAGCAAUGAGGAACAACGCUUCCGAUUCUUCCGAAGAAAACGCUAAUACUAUUAUUGCUCCUCGAAAUAGUUGCCGCGACAAGGUCGAGAGCGCUAAUUUUUCCACGGACAACGCGUCGGUUUCCGAAAAUAAAGAAAAAAGCAGCGAUUGCGAAUGUAAUUACCUUCGCUCCAAUAUCGGAGAGUUGUUACCUUGGGCGAGGCAGGAGAGAGGAAUGACAACAGGCGCAGUUUCCGGCAGCAAUUUCACGAUCCCGUUAAUUCCUGGAUUCGAAUCUAGCAGAUUCAAUAAAAGUAACGUGAAGUUGGAAUCACGUAAAAGCAAACGCGAUUCGAACGACGGUUGGCAAAUAAUCGAUCUUAGCGACCGGGCGAGACCUGUUUCCCCUUUAACUAGGGCAGAACCUAAAACAGGGGGAGAGAUGAAUCAUGAUGUUAUAUGGGAUAUUUUCGACGUGUUCUCCAAAAUUAGAAUGGCUUUCUUCCGUUCUCUGAUCGAAUCGUUGCACAGGAACGAUGGCACGUUCAAGAAUGAAUUCAAAUCGUUCUCUGUCAAACCAACUGCUACCAGUUUAAUCGGGAAUACCAUCAGGGAGCUGAAAUCUGUUCCAAACGAUAAUGGUUACAUGUUAAUCGCUGCAGCGCCGAGAAGCGAGGGAGCUGCCGUCAUCGAUCUUCUCCAACGCGAAACCUCUCCGAGGGACACUCUCUUAAUCGUGACGCAAAUCUGUGUUGGAGACCAAAGAUCCGUUCCAUUUUUUGCACAAGGACCGAAUUGUCAUAUUCUUCAGGAGACAAAAAUUAUUGAUGAGCUUCCGAUUGCAAUAAAAAAAGCCAUGAUGAAGCGCGAUUGCCGUGAUUCCGAAUGCACGAAUCGACAAAGGCGCGAUAUUCCGAUUGUCUCGCGUGUGCCGACCGGCGAGAUCUUUUCGCAAGAACUGCCAGGGCGAAAACGAGUUAUCAGAAGCAAGAAGGCUGAAAAACCGAUGCUGCUGAUACAGCCUACGGACGAAAUGUCCAAGCAGAUACGAGUGGAGUUGAACGAGAAUGCAGCGACGCGCGACAAAGAUCUCGAAAUUAUCAAGGAGUGGCUCGUCAAGCAACCGCAUUUGCCUAAAUUCGAAGAUGAUCAAAGAUUAAUGACGUUUCUACGCGGCUGCAAAUUCUCCUUGGAGAAAUGCAAACGGAAGCUGGACAUGUAUUUCACAAUGCGUGCGGUGGUCCCUGAAUUUUUCUCCAACCGCGACAUCACGAGGCCGGUGUUGCAAGAAAUAGCGAAGCUCAUACAUAUACCUCCUUUGCCGGGCCUGACGAAGAAAGGAUGUCGAGUGAUCGUCAUGCGAGGAGUUGAUAAGGAAGCGCCGACUCCCAAUAUACCGGAAACUAUGAAGAUGGUGUUCAUGAUCGGCGACAUUCGUCUAAGCGAAGAGGAACACGGCGUGGCCGGCGAUGUCUACAUCCUCGACGCUUCCGUCGCGACGCCCACACAUUUCGCCAAGUUUACGCCGGCCUUAGUGAAGAAGUUUCUGGUGUGCGCGAUGGAGGCGUAUCCGGUGAAGCUGAAGGAAGUGCACGUGGUAAACAUCAGUCCGCUCGUCGACACGAUUCUCAAUUUCGUCAAGCCGUUUUUGAAGGAGAAGAUACGCAAUCGCAUCUUCAUGCACAGUGACAUCAAGACGCUAUACGAAUACGUACCCAGAGAGAUAUUGCCAACCGAGUACGGCGGCGACGCCGGACCCAUUCAAGUUAUACACGAUCAGUGGAUGAAGAAGUUGGAAGAUUACGGACCGUGGUUCAAGGAGCAGGAAGCUAUGAAGACUAACGAGGCAUUGCGACCAGGUAAACCAAAGACGCAAGACGACUUGUUCGGUCUCGAUGGAUCCUUCCGACAGCUGUCGAUCGAUUAAAUCGUUUAACGCGUAUCCGGAACCAGUUUGACGUAUAAUCGUCGCCAACGGCAAUCGUUAACCAAAUCGCUCGUCCGCAUAAACUUCGACAUCGAUCGAUCACAAACUUCGUCCACGAUGAAAACUAAAGCAUUUUCCUUUCGCCUGUAUUGCAAAAUUCUGUACGGUGCCCAUUGUCGAGUAUCUUUAAAAUAACACGACCAGGUUCGUCGUGGAACAUAGUUGUGAAGCAUAUAAUGUAGUCUCGCUGAAAAGCUUGCCGAAAAAAUGGUAGAGAUUGCUUAACGUUAGUAUUUUUCAUUUUUUACAAUUUUUUAAUCCAAUAGUUUAUUUAUUUUUAUUAUUGGGGACGUAAAUGAUUACGAUUGAUUAGACCCUAAGAUUGAUGUCAAAGAAUCUUAGGAAACAAAGUUUAUUUUUUAUAUAAAUAUUUUUCUUUUUAUUCACCUUUUCUUCUUUUCAUUGAUUUUUGCUUUGUAAAAUAUCAUCACGUUUUAAUAAGAAAUAUGUAGAAUAAUCGAGAGUUUUAACGUCUUUCUUUGAGAAUUUUAUAUGAGUAAAACGAUAAUUACUCUAUAUAUGAUCAUAUUAACGGCACAAUGUUAUAAAAAUUAGAAUCUUUUUUUUUAAAUUAUUAGAUAAGUUUAGAAAGUUUAUUGCCCAGCUUGAUAUUUCACAAAAGACAAUAUUUUAAUUUAGAAAUUGUGAUACGAUGUUUAGUCAAGCAAUAUGUUUGAAUAUAUCGC